CCACGUAUACGGCAGCCGAUUGGCCGGCUCGGGCCAACGUCACCCCCCGCCUAGGUCCGGCCUGAGUUCCGGGCCAGCAGCUCUCCGUCUGGCGUCGCUUCUUCCUGUGUGCGGUCCCGGGUAGGCGGCAGGGCGGACUGGGCGGCCAAGGCAGAGCCAGAGUGGGUCAGUCUGGCAGGUGAAGGGCUCGGGCCGCGGCGGGAGUUCGCGGCAGGGCUCGGCCGGGCGGGCCGGGCCGCGGACGCUUCGGAGUCUGGGACUCACUCUCCGGCCGCCCGCAGGCGCGAUGAAGGCACUGAUCUUGGUGGGCGGCUAUGGGACGCGUCUGCGGCCGCUGACGCUGAGCAUCCCGAAGCCACUGGUGGAUUUCUGCAAUAAGCCCAUCUUGCUGCACCAAGUGGAGGCGCUGGCCGCGGCAGGCGUAGACCACGUGAUUCUGGCGGUUAGCUACAUGUCUCAGGUGCUGGAGAAGGAAAUGAAGGCGCAGGAGCAGAGGCUGGGAAUCCGAAUCUCCAUGUCUCACGAAGAAGAGCCUUUAGGCACAGCUGGGCCCUUGGCACUGGCCCGUGACUUGCUCUCUGAGACUGCAGAUCCUUUCUUCGUUCUCAACAGUGAUGUGAUCUGCGAUUUCCCCUUCCAAGCCAUGGUGCAGUUCCACCGGCACCAUGGCCAGGAGGGCUCCAUCCUGGUGACCAAAGUGGAGGAACCCUCUAAGUAUGGUGUGGUGGUAUGUGAGGCUGACACAGGCCGCAUUCACCGGUUCGUGGAGAAGCCGCAGGUGUUUGUGUCCAACAAGAUCAACGCAGGCAUGUACAUUCUGAACCCUGCAGUGCUGCGGCGCAUCCAGCUGCAACCUACAUCCAUUGAGAAGGAGAUCUUUCCUGUCAUGGCCACGGAGGGGCAGCUAUAUGCCAUGGAGCUGCAGGGCUUCUGGAUGGACAUAGGGCAACCCAAGGAUUUUCUCACUGGCAUGUGCCUCUUCCUACAGUCCCUGCGACAGAAGCAGCCUGAGCAACUGUGCUCAGGCCCUGGCAUUGUGGGCAAUGUGCUGGUGGACCCAAGUGCCCGCAUUGGCCAGAACUGCAGCAUCGGCCCCAACGUGAGUCUGGGUCCUGGCGUGGUAGUGGAGGAUGGUGUGUGCAUCCGGCGAUGCACAGUGCUGCGAGACGCCCAUAUCCGAUCCCACUCCUGGCUCGAGUCCUGCAUUGUGGGCUGGCGCUGCCGCGUGGGCCAGUGGGUGCGCAUGGAGAACGUGACAGUGCUGGGUGAGGACGUCAUAGUUAACGACGAGCUCUACCUCAACGGGGCCAGUGUGCUGCCCCACAAGUCUAUUGGCGAGUCGGUGCCGGAACCACGCAUCAUCAUGUGAGGGGAUACCAUGGGGCUGGCUGAAUCUCCAUUUCCCUACUGGCAUGGGGAGCUCUGGCUUGACACAUCAAAAGGCCCUGGACUCGCCGUUAUCUCAGAGGACUAGACAAGGCUGAAGCUGUUGGACACCUGCCCUCUCUUGUGGACGUAAUCUGGCAGGAUCCUUGCUGGGCAUCCUCUACAAAGCCUACUCCCUCAAGAAGGUCCGGGCCAGGGCUGUAUGGAAUAAUAAUUUAAUGUUCACUGUG